UCUGCUUCACUUACUUGGAGCUCCCACGACAGGAGCUCCAAAGUCACACUUAAGGCGCAAGGUUAGUUUUUACUGAGAAAUUUUAAACGCAAAAAAAAAAAAUGUUUUUUUUUUUUUUUUUAGUUUGAUAUUGUAGGGAAGACGCGAUGGGCAGCGGGACGAGCCGCGGGACUAAAGUGGCACCUGCGGGGCUGAGCGAAGCGAACAAGGCGGCAAAAACCUCCACGGAGGUCGGGUCAUCUAAACAACACGCUCCGGCCCGAGCCUUUCACCUCCUGAGGAUCGACGCCCGCCGCAGGGCUCCACCGGCGGACUGUCACAGCGCCGGCCACGACUCGGAGCACUCCGGGGACGACGAGGACGUGGACGUGGAGUUGGACGCCGUCCUCGCCGGCUAUGAGGAGGAGGAGGAGGAGGUGGUGGUGGUGGAGACACGGAAGGGGACUUGUGUGAAGAAGAGCUCCAAAAGGUCGAGAACGUACGGACUUUGUCAUUUCAGUAGCCGGGAGGAAGAUGAGGGUCAGCAGGGGGCGUCCUCCUCCUCCUCCUCCUCCUCAGGCCUGAAGGGGGCACAAGGGCCACAUGGCUCCCGGGGAACAAACAACAACAAGAGGAGCCAUGAUGCCUUCACUGCCACCCACAACUGUUCUCCUCGUGCCUUCUUGACAACAGGACCAACGCUGGGUCUCCACCAUCCUCCACCAUCACAAAACAUUUCAGCCACGCCAGUCAUGCUGUACGAUGGCUCAGAAGAGGAACUGAUGGACACCAUCGAGAGAGACUUUAGCUGACCUUUCACUGUGUUUUUCGACAGGAUAGCUUUAACAUGUAGAGACGACACACUUCAUGUGUAACCUACCUAGUUUGAUGGAAAAAUUGCCCCCAAGGCGCAUUUUGCCCCUGGUGUUGCUAUGGAAGAGAAGAGUGUUGUGUUAUGUAGAAGUGCAACAUGAGCACAUUUUGGUUAAUGCAGCCAAAGUCCAAAGGAAGCCAUGUGUUGCUGGCUAUGUUUAUUUAAGGGUUCCUUCCUGACCACUUACGGAGCAAUUCUCCACCCACUGAAGGAAAGAAUGUCUGCCACAAAAAGUCUUUAUUGGACCAAACUGCUUAGCUUUCAGCCAUUGAUGUCUGCUGCCACCUUGUGGUGAGAUAUCAGCAUGUACGUGUAUGUCAACAAAAAAAAGUACCUUUUGACACCAGAGUUUUAUCCGGGCCACAUUGAAAAUAAUAAAACCGUUAUAUUAACGGGGAAAGAUAAAUAUUAGUAAAACGGAAAGGCUCUUACAGAGUUGAAAUGUCGCUGAGGAUUUAACUGGUUUUCAAGUGGCAAAAGUAUAUAUGCAUGUUCAAAAUAGUGAACGCAGCCGUUUGUCUUAUUUUUUGUGGAUUUAUUAGGCUGUGGUCUUUAUACACACGCAGCAUCAGAAUUUGGGGAAAAAGAAGAAAGUGGAAAAAUACACCAUCUGCAAAAUGUAUGUAAGUUUUAUCUAGUCCCAAAGCACAUACCACAAAAGCUAUUUUUGCGCUUGCCUUGUCUGAAUAUGAACAACUUAUGGGUAAAAUAUGCACUCUUUCUGCAACCUUCAAACACAUUGGAUGAAGAGGAAACACAGAUGCUAUUGCUCGCAAAGCAAAACAUAUACCACAUGAAAUAAAUGUAGUUUACACUACAAUAACGUUACCAUGUAUAAACAUCCAUCACUACUUUGUAUAUGGCUGAUUUAGUGUGACCAAAACUAAUUGGGAAUGCUCAUAACAGAUAUUAUAGAAGCGUGUGUCAUUGUUUGCAUCCAGGGCAGCCACAUUUUAGGUAUGUGUGUAAAAUUUUAAAAAGUAAUUCCAGUAUUAUCAGACAGGUCUUGUUAAGAUGAUUUCAGUGAUAUAAGUCAUCCUCUGAUAAAUAUUAAGAAAGUUGUGAAUUUAUAGUCAGUCUAUGGCAGGGGUGCUCACACUUUUUCUGCAGGCGAGCUACUUUUCAAUUGAUCAAGUCGUGGGGAUCUACCUCAUUCAUAUAUCUAAUUUAUAUUUACUUAUUUAUGAAAUAUAUGUUUUUGUUAACAAGUUAAAGAUGUUUAAUGAUAAUACAAGCAUGUUUAACACAUAUAGUUAAUAUUGUUAAUAAGUUAAAAGUGUUUAAAUAUAAUGCAAGCAUGUUUAACAUAUAUAGUUAAUAUUGUUAACAAGUUAAAGGUGUUUAAUGAUAAUACAAGCAUGUUUAACACAUAUAGUUAGUAUUGUUAACAAGUUAAAGGUGUUUAAAGAUAAUACAAGCAUGUUUAACACAUAUAGUUAAUAUUGUUAACAAGUUAAAGGUGUUUAAUGAUUAUACAAGCAUGUUUAACACAUAUAGUUAAUAUUGUUAAUAAGUUAAAAGUUUUUAAAGAUAAUACAAGCAUGUUUAACACAUAUAGAUUCCUUUCUUUCAUGAAGACAAGAAUAUAAGUUGGUUUAUUACCUGAUUGUGAUGACUUGCAUUGAUUGGAAUCAGACAGUGGUGCUGAUAACGUCCGCAUUUUCGAAUGGAGGAGAAAAAAAGUCCUCCUUUCUGUCCAAUACCACAUGAAAGUGGUUGGUUUUUGGCAUCUUAUUUAUCCAGCUUCCGUACUCCUUUGUAUACACUUUACAAGAAAUACAUUGUCGGCAAACUCCGUAGCUUGCUAGCUUGUGCACGCCAGCUUUCUGAGACUCUUAUUUUGUUAGCAAAGGCAGGAUGAAGCAGAGCUUUUAUUGUGCAACUGUGCAGUCGGUCUUUGGAGUUUUGACGACAGGUACGGUGCCAGAGUCUGUUGAAAUAAAGUGUUUCUCGCCUUAUUAUCGGUAAUUUUAAUCAGCUGGCGGCAGCCAGCGUCAUCUCAGAAGACCCUCGGGUGCUGUGAAUGUCAAUCAAGUGACGAAAGUGACGUCAUAGUGAAGAUUUAUGAUCGCUAAUUUUUAGGACUAUUUUUUUAAUGCCUGGCUGGUGAUCGACUGACACACCCUCCACGAUCGACCGGUAGCUCGCGAUCGACGUAAUGA